AAUCAUUUGAAUGUCAGUGUCAUUUUCUCCAUGUUUAUAAACACACAUCGAAAUGUAAUAGAAGCAAUUAUUAUUCUUUUGUUAUUAGUACACUGAUCGCUUAUUUCAUUUCUGUUUUGCGGGUACAAGAUCGAUAUAUAAUAAUAUAUCGGAUAAAUAAGUUAACACGAUUUUAAAAUAAUUAAAAUGUCUGAAGAAACUAAUCAUAAUACCGACAAUAGGUUAUGCGGUUUAUGCGAGCAAAAUAACAGCAAAUACUCCUGCCCUCGAUGCGACGUACUCUACUGUUCCCUAAACUGUUACAAAGCAGAAAAACAUUUGCAAUGUUCAGAGAGUUUUUACAAAGACUGCGUCAACCAAGAGCUGGCCUUACAUGAGGCUGAUGAUGAAUCUAAAAGUCAAAUGAUCGACAUCCUUAAGCGAAUCCAGAAUCAGGAUUUAGAUGGCACAGAUAAUGAAGAUGAUAAUGAAAGUAUUGAUUCCGACGAUGAAGUUCAAAUUGAUUUGCAUGAUCGACUGCAAAAUUUGAAUUUGAAUGAUGCAGAUUCUGUUUGGAGCGCAUUAACAGAAGAUGAGAAGAAUGAAUUUGAGGCGUUAUUAAGUCAAGGAAAUGUAGGAGCUAUAGUUCCUCAUUGGGAGCCUUGGUGGAUGUACCGUCGAGAUAAAAAGUUGGUUGAAGAUUUGAAGCAAACUGAUAAUGAAAAAGAAAUACUUAAAAAAUGCCCUCAUAUAAAAUCUGUUCCGUUAUUUAGUACCUUAACAAAUGUCAAGCCAUCACCAUCUAUAAGAUUUAACAUCAUAAAUGUACUUGCGGCGUAUGCAUUUAUAAUGCGCUACUACAAUGGGGAGGUGGAGCCAAUAGAAGCCACUACAUGUGUAUUAAGCAUUUGUGACAAUUUGAACAGUAACAGCAACUAUGAUGAUCCUGAUAUAGCAGUAGAAGCAGUCACACAGAAGUGUUUACUGAGUGACCUCAUAGAAACAGAUGAGGACAGUCUCGAAAUUAUGAGACAUGAUACUUUCCUUCUAUUUCAAGGACCAAAUGAUGAUAAUGUCUUAUUGUAUACUAAGGCAGCUCUCUCUCACCUUAUUCAAAUAUUUAGUGAAUCAAAAACCUUGUCUAAAUUAAAACCUGAGGAAAAACAAAACAAAGGGGACUUUACAAGAAAGUUUCCUGAUCAUGGAAAGAAUCACCUUCCCUCCCUAGACAUAAGUAAAGUAAAGAAAUGUAUAAAGAAAAUGGAAUUUUACAUAUCGUUUUUAAAUACAUGUAAAUAAUUAAAAA